AUGUACACCAAGUGCAAGAAUCUGCUGCCGAACAACGCCGACACCAACGAGGAGGUGAAGAAGCUAAAGGUGGCCACGCACAGCAACAUUGCCCUGUGCCACCAGAAGUCCAACGAUCACUUCGAGGCCAAGGUGGAGUGCAAUGCUGUGCGCGCCCUGGAGGCCAACAAUGUGAAGGCUCUCUAUCGUCGCGGACAAUGCAACCUGAUCAUCAAUGAGCUGGAAGAUGCCCUGGAGGACUUCCAAAAGGUUAUUCAAUUGGAGCCUGGCAACAAGGCAGCUGCCAACCACGUGGUCAUCUGCAGGCAGAAAAUCAAGGAGACCAAAACCAAGGAGAAAAAGCUGUAUGCUAACAUGUUUACCAAGCUGGCGGCCAACGACAAAGAGACCGAACCACCGCGCGAAACAGAUGUGCUCAGUAAAUGCGGCGAAUGGUCCGAGGAGGACGCCAAACGCGAGGCUGAUCUACUGCUUGAACGCGACAAUAUAAUUAUGAUCUAG